GCAGGCUGUAUUCCAUGGCCCACGUGACCAGAAAGCAACGUGUGGCAGAGUAGACCGAGGGGCCCAGCUAGAGGCUGUCCAGCUGGCGCUCCCGUCUCCCUAAAAGCCCAGAGCAAAACAACUGAGCACAAGGAGUAUGGUCCUGAGGUGAACGAGGUCAUGAAAAAACCACUGUUGGGCUUGACUCUGUGGUCACUGCUCCUCUGUCCGGGGCUCCUGUGUUUCAACGACAAGGUGACUCAGAAAUGCAGCAAUGGCAGCUACGAGAUCAGCGUCCUGAUAAUGAAAAACUCGGCCUUCCAGGAGCCCUCGGAAAACUUGGAAAAUGCAGUGAAUCGGGGAGUGGAAAUCGUGGGAAGGCGUCUAAGGGAUGAUGGAAUAAAUGCAACUGUGAACGCUACCUUUAUCCGUACUGAGGAUGCGCUUUUUAGGACAAGUGACUGUAGGAGUAGCACCUGUGAAGGCCUUGACCUACUCAGGACAAUUGCAAAUCAAAAGGAGGUGGGUUGUGUCCUCAUGGGGCCCUCGUGUACAUAUUCCACUUUCCAGAUGUACCUUGACACAAAUUUUAGAUAUCCCAUGAUUUCAGCUGGAAGUUUUGGAUUGUCUUGUGACUUCAAAGAGAAUUUAACCAGGUUGAUGUCUCCAGCCAGGAAGUUGACACACUUCUUGGUUGACUUUUGGAAGACUAAUAAUUUGUCAUUCAAAACUCAUGCUUGGAGCACUGCAUAUCUUUUCAAGAAUAAUAACGAGUCUGAGGACUGUUUAUGGUACCUCAAUGCUCUGGAGGCUGGAGUUUCUUAUUUUUCACAGGAACUUACCUUCAAAGAGGUAUUGAGAGGAGAGGCUGAUUUUCAGAAAAUCUUAAUGGACCAGAAUAGGAAAAGCAAUGUGAUUAUUGUGUGUGGUACACCAGACAUCAUCUCCUCCAUCAAGGGUGACCGAGAAGUGGCUGAAGACACUGUCAUUAUUCUAGUGGAUCUAUUUAAUGACCACUACUUCAUGGACAAUGUCACAACCCCUGACUACAUGAAAAAUGUCCUUGUUUUGACACUGCCUCCUGAAGAGUUCCCCCCUGGUGAUUUACCAAUGGUUAACCAUUGUCCACAUUUAUUCACGAGAGCCCUGGUUUAUUUCUCUCAUCCCAGCAUUUCAUCUGGAUUUUUUUUCUUUCUCAUUCAGGAGUUAAAUGACUUUUCUCUUGCCUAUUUGAAUGGAAUCUUGCUCUUUGGACAUGUGCUAAAGACAUUUCUUGGAAAUGGAAAAGAUGUUAACACCGACGAACUUGCUCAUGCUUUCAGAAACCUCACUUUUGAAGGGUAUACGGGCCCUGUGACUUUGGACAUCUAUGGGGAUAUCGACAAAACUAUGGUGCUUCUGUAUACCUCUUUGGAGACCAACAAAUACAGUGUACUUUUGACCUAUGACACACACACCAAUGUCACUAACCCAGUGAAUAACAGCCCCAAUUUCAUCUGGAAGAACCAGAGACUUCCUAAUGAUACUGCAGACAAUGGGCCUCAAAUCCUGAUGAUUGCAGUCUUCACGCUCACCGGCACUGUGGUCCUGCUCCUGCUGGCUGCGCUCCUGGUGCUAGGAAAAUACAAAAAAGAGAAUGAACGUCGUCAGAAAAAAUGGUCCCACAUUCCCUGUGAAAACAUCAUUCCUCUGGAGACCAAUGAGACCAACCACGUGAGCCUGAAGAUCGAUGAUGACAAGAGACGGGAUACAAUUCAGGGUCUACGACACUGCAAAUACGACAAAAAGAGAGUGAUUCUAAAGGAUCUCAAGCACAACGAUGGCAAUUUCACUGAGAAGCAGAAGAUAGAACUGAACAAGUUGCUUCAGAUUGACUAUUACAACCUAACCAAAUUCUACGGAACUGUGAAGCUUGAUACCAUGAUCUUUGGGGUGAUUGAAUACUGUGAGCGAGGAUCCCUCCGGGAAGUUUUAAAUGAUACAAUUUCCUACCCAGAUGGUACAUUCAUGGAUUGGGAGUUUAAGAUCUCUGUCUUGUAUGACAUUGCUAAGGGGAUGUCAUAUCUGCACUCCAAUAAAACAGAAGUCCACGGGCGUCUGAAAUCCACCAACUGCGUGGUAGAUAGUAGGAUGGUGGUGAAGAUCACUGAUUUUGGCUGCAAUUCCAUUUUACCUCCAAGAAAAGACCUGUGGACAGCCCCGGAGCACCUCCGCCAAGCCAGCAUCUCUCAGAAAGGGGACGUGUACAGCUACGGGAUCAUCGCACAGGAGAUCAUCAUGCGGAGGGAGACCUUCUACACGCAGAGCUGCCGCGACCAGAAUGAGAAAAUUUUCAGAGUGGAGAGUUCCAAUGGAGUGAAGCCCUUCCGCCCAGAUCUGUUCCUGGAAACAGCCGAGGAGAAGGAGCUGGAGGUAUAUCUGCUUGUAAAAAACUGCUGGGAGGAAGAUCCAGAAAAGAGACCAGAUUUCAAGAAAAUUGAGAGUACACUGGCCAAGAUAUUUGGCCUUUUUCAUGACCAGAAAAGUGAAAGUUAUAUGGACACCUUGAUCCGACGUCUGCAGCUAUACUCCCGAAAUCUGGAACAUCUGGUGGAGGAAAGGACACAGCUGUACAAGGCAGAGAGGGACAGAGCUGACAGGCUAAAUUUUAUGUUGCUCCCAAGGCUAGUGGUCAAGUCCCUGAAGGAGAAAGGCAUUGUGGAGCCUGAACUAUAUGAGGAAGUUACCAUCUACUUCAGUGACAUUGUAGGUUUCACCACUAUCUGCAAAUACAGCACCCCCAUGGAAGUGGUAGACAUGCUGAAUGACAUCUAUAAGAGCUUUGACCACAUUCUCGAUCACCAUGACGUGUACAAGGUGGAAACCAUUGGUGAUGCCUACAUGGUAGCUAGUGGCUUGCCUAAGAGAAAUGGCAAUCGGCACGCAGUAGACAUUGCCAAGAUGGCCUUGGAUAUUCUGAGCUUCAUGGGGACCUUUGAGCUUGAGCAUCUUCCUGGCCUCCCGAUAUGGAUUCGCAUUGGAAUUCACUCUGGUCCCUGUGCGGCUGGCGUCGUGGGGAUCAAGAUGCCUCGUUAUUGCCUAUUUGGAGAUACCGUCAACACAGCCUCCAGGAUGGAAUCCACUGGCCUCCCCUUGAGAAUCCAUGUGAGUGGCUCCACCAUAGCCAUCCUGAGGAGAACUGAGUGCCAGUUUUUGUAUGAAGUGAGAGGAGAAACGUACUUAAAGGGAAAAGGAACUGAGACCACCUACUGGCUGACCGGAAUGAAGGACCAAAAAUACAACCUGCCAACCCCUCCUACGGUGGAGAAUCAACAGCGCUUGCAGGCUGAGUUCUCAGACAUGAUCGCCAACUCCUUGCAGAAGAGGCAGAGUGCAGGGAUAAGAAACCGAAGACCCACGCGGGUAGCCAGCUACAAAAAGGGCUCUCUGGAAUACAUGCAGCUGAACAUCACAGACGAGGAGAACACCCUUUUUUAAACCUAUGAGGCCCAAGGACUCAGGCAAAUGAAGUCCUGAAGCGUCCAUUUCCCUGAGACCUCAGUGGAACACAAGACUCAGAUGCCUCCUACUGAGCCUCUAACAGCGGGUAUUAUAACCCACCCACCAUCCUAUUUGUUUCUAUACAGACUCUGACUGACCAAUAACUUAUAAAAGCGUGUUUAUAUAAGAAUCCUAGGAACUGACUUCAGAUACAGACUCCGACCUUCAGUCAUCCCAGUUCUGGGGGAUUUGCUGACCUUCAGCCAUAGAACCAGGAUGACAAAGACCAGGGUGACACACACAGACCAUCACUUGGCCAAUUUCGAGGCCCUUAUCGGGAUGAACUGUGUGGCCUGCACGUAGAGAACUUUUCACCCCUGUCCCUUGGUCUCUUUGUUCUGCUUUGCCUCUCCCUCCUCGUUAAAACCCCUGCCUGCUCUGAGAUGUUGAGCUGGGCUUUGUGGCAAGAAUCUCCCAUCUCCUCACGUGACUGGCCCUUGAAUAAAACCUCUUUCUUUUUUCACCAG